UCUGCAUUAAGCGAUGUUAGCUUGCCUGCAGCAGGAAGAAGUUACGGCAGUGGGAAUGCAGCUAGUACAUACGAUCGAGUCACUCCAUAUUCGACAAAACGACCCACGUAUUCGUCAACGACGACAGGACGUGCCCCAUCGAUAGGACGCUAUGAAUAUCGCUCCCAAACUCCGAGCUAUUACAGCGAAUCGGAUAGGAAUCCACGCUUUGAGAGAGAUUACAAGUCUAUGUCAAGAUUCUCGACUGAUCAAGAUAAAUCUUCCCCGGAGGAUGUGGAGAAAACCUUUCAAAAGUUAUAUAACCGUUAUGUCCGUGCGGACAGUCGCACCGAAUCAUGUAAAUCGAAAUCGCGCUCUCCUGAAAGCAAUAAAUCGCGAUCAACCUCACGCGAUGAUACACAUCGUGAUUCUGUUACAUCAGCAGGAAAUAAACCAGUUUAUCCUAAAUUCAUAUCGCAUAGUGAAGCUGAAGAAGAAGGGGAUUAUGAUGAAGAGGAAGAGGAAGAGCUGAGUCCGGUUGGGAGUGACGAGGAUGGUGAAGGACAAGACGAUCAACACCAGAAAUUGUCCAAAGCUGAAUUCGCAACGGGCGAUCAGUCCUCUGAGGCUUUGAGUCCUGCAUCAGCAGUUGAUAAAGACAAAGACAAAACACCAACUCAAGAAAAUGUCAAAGCAUCCUCUGGAACAGACUCGACGCCUAACACACCAGAUGCAAUGCAAGCAACUGAAGAAGACUCAAAUACAGAAUCUCAAAUAACUCCUGUUCCGUCGAGUGCAAAUCUGCAUUCGGAUGUAACUGGAGCUGGCACUGAGCAGCUGGACGACGAGGACAGAGAACGUCCUAGAUCAACGACAAACUCCCCAGUUUCGCAAAAUGUCGCAACCGAAAAUUCGAGAUCAGGUCCGUUCAGUAAGGAAUCAAAUUUUUCAUUCUGA